AGCCGCGGGGCAGCAGCAUGGCCACAGGGGCAGCCUCCGCGCGGCUGGAGGACUUGGAGCUGAGCGGAGAGGAGGUCCAGAGGCUCACCUCCGCCUUCCAGGACCCCGAGUUCCGGCGCAUGUUCUCCGAGUACGCCCAGCAGCUCAGCGACCCGGAGAACCGGCGGCUCUACGAGGCGGAGAUCACCGCGCUGGAGCGGGAGCGCGGCGUGGACGUGCGGUUCGUGCACCCGGAGCCGGGCCACGUGCUGCACACCAGCCUGGACGGGACGCGGCGCUGCUUCGUGAACGUGUGCGCCAACGCGCUGGUGGGCGCGCCCAGCUGCCGGCCCGGCUCCGACCGCGGGGCGCGCGGCAGCCACUGGGUCCUGCCCUACAGCCUGGCGCCGGCCCGCGAGUACGCGGGGCGCGGCGGCGGCCGCUACACCGUCUACGACGUGGUCUUCCACCCCGACGCGCUGGCGCUGGCGCGGCGCCACGAGCGCUUCCGCCACAUGCUGGACGACACGGCCCUGCAGGCCGUGGAGCAGCAGUGCGGCGUCAGGCUGGACCGCAGGAACGCCAAGACCCUGAGGGUCAAGUACAAGGGGACCCCGGAGGCCGCCGUCCUGCGCACGCCGCUGCCCGGCGGCGCCCCGGCCCGGCCCGAGGGGGAGCCGGACGACCCCCUCCUGGCCUUCCCCUACCCCUACAGCUACCCGGCCGCUUCGGGAAGCCCCGCCGGCCCUCGGCCCCGGGCGCCGUCCCCGCCGGAGCCGGCCCCGCCGCCCGCGCCCACCGAGCCGCGCCACCGCGUGGUGCAGCGCCACCACGUGGACCUCCAGGACUACCGCUGCUCCCGGGACUCGGCCCCGAGCCCCGUGCCGCGCGAGCUGGUGGUCACCAUCGAGCUGCCGCUGUUGCGCUCGGCCGAGCAGGCGGCGCUGGAGGUGACGGGCAAGCUGCUGUGCCUGGACUCGCGGAAGCCUGACUACCGGCUGCGGCUCUCGCUCCCGUACCCGGUGGACGACAGCCGCGGCCACGCGCAGUUCCACAAGGCGCGGCGGCAGCUGGUGGUCACGCUGCCCGUGGUGCCGGCCGCCACCGCCGCGCCGGAAGGGAGCCCCGGCCGGGCCGGAACUGACGACGCGACCCGCGCCUCGGCUCGCGACGACGAGGAGGAAGAGGAGGAAGAGGAGGAGGCGGGACUGGCUGGGGGUCUCGCGGGGGACGGGGCCCCGGGUUGCGGCCGAGCCGCGGCCGUUACGGUCCCCGCCACAGGCGCCCCCGAGGCGGCACCCCCGCCGGCUGGCGCUGGAGAGGAGCGGGACUGUGACGGGGUGGCGGGGGCGCCGCCGCCUCCUGGGGACGGGGACCCCUGUGGUCCCUCAGCGCUGGGCCUCGGCGGGCAGCCUCCCGUGCGCCGGCGCGAGCCCGGGGACCCGGCCAUGGGCGGUGGUCCCUGCCCCGAGAGGAGGGGACCUGCGUGUCCCCCCUUGCGGUGUCACCAGGAUGAGGAGACCCUGACCCUGCUGAUUGGCGUGCCGCGCAUCCAGCCGCACAGCCUUCGCGGGGCUGUGAGCCCGCUCCGGUACCGCGUGUGCUUCUCCGCGCAGGGCUCGGCGUACUCCCUCCUGCUGCGGUUCGCGCCGGAGAACAAGCUGAGCACCCGAGAGCCCGUGGUUAGCAUUUCCUCAGACAAUGCCGUGAUAGAGCUGGCCAAAUCUCCGGGGAGCUAUGGACACUGGAAGCAGUGGUUUUACGGCUUAAACGACGCAUCUUUGGAGGAAAGGUUGUUUGUCAACGAAGAAAAUGUUGAUGAGUUUCUUGAAGAGGUUCUGAGCUGUCCAGUGAGACAGACAGUGCCACCAAACCCACCAUUAAUUGAAGUCCUUCAAGUUAAUGAUAAAAAGAUUCAAAUUCAUGCAAAGGUACAAGAAUGUAGUAACUCUGAUAAGCUUCAAGGAAAGGAAGACAAAGUCAAUGAAGGAAGUCAUCUAACUGAAAAGGAAAAUAUAGACCAUCUUAUCACUUGUACAACUGAUUCGGACUCAUCAAUAGCAGCUAAAGCACUAGAAAUAGAUAGUUGUGGUUCAACUGCAACUGAACAGGAGUCUCUUGAUGUUUCUCAGAUGCUAUUUGAAAAAUCUCAGAAACCUGAGUCAAAAAUGGAACCUCAAGUUUUCAAAGAAAUGAGUGCUACUUACUCAGCUGAAGAAAAAGAUACUUUAAAAGAAUCAGUAAUAAAUGAAGAGAAAGAAUUCCGUGAAGAUCAUCUAUCUUCGUUACUGACCACAACAGCAGUUCACAAUAUACCAGAUUUUGACAGCAUAAAGGAAACCAAUAUGCAGGAUGGUAGUGUGCAGGUUAUUAAAGAUCAUGUGACUCACUGUGCAUUCAGUUUUCAGAAUUCCUUGCUAUAUGACUUGGACUAAUUAUAUAUAAUUUUGGGAUUUGAAUGUUAAGAGUAAAAAAAUCUGGGGAUCUUUUAAUCAUUAAAACCAAAGAUAUUCAACAAAAUAUAAAAUUAAAACUUUUACUCUGA